CUUUUUGUGUACGCAUGUUGCCCCCACCUGUGAUUUCUGGGUGUUUAAAUCUACAGAGACAGGAGGCCCGAGAGGAAUACCUCGUAAAUCUAUAGGCCCAUGCUAGUUUUUCACCUUGGUGAGAAAGAGGGAGGACAGAGGAGAGAGGAGAGGGGAGAGGACUGUGACCACGUAAACCCCAAAGACACAACAGUCCUCUAUCAAACCAGUCAGUCAAAUGGACCCAAGGUUCAUCUGUCAUGCAUUAAAUCGUUAAUGGAGGUUUAGAGGAGCGGCGGUGAGGCAUUCAUCCAGGCACUCAGAUCAUUUUGGUGAAGCUAAUCAUCUAUACUACUUAGGUGUCUGUACUCAGGUAGAAAUCUUGAAGGGAGAAACGAAAUGAAGUUUGACUGGAUAUAGUUCACCUGAUUAUUCAACCCCACUUGGAUCAAUCAAGAUUUUUCUUAAAUCUAACUGGACGUGUACUGCGGUCAGCACAUGGAUAGAGAAAGACAAAUGAAGAAGAAGAGGUGAAUUGCCUUAAGGAGUCUUUUGGAAAUGUCGACAGAGGUUUUGCUCAAGGACACAUUGGUACUGCAGUGGAUUUUAGACACAGUUUGUCAAGUUGAUACUUCGGACUUACCCUGAUUUUGGAGAAACGUGGGAUCAUGGCUGUGUGGAUGACUUUAUUUUUGGGGAUCAAUACUACAAGACACAGGCAGCUUCAUAAAAACUGAAGCAACUUGAAAUGUCAGUGAUCUACGUAUCUUCUCUGUGGAUUAAUACUGUUUAUGUCAUCCUGGCUCUCUUUUGGUCGUUAAUGCCUUUUCUUAGAUUUAGCUUUAACAGUUUCCAAGCUGCAAACAAUGUUUACUUUUCACCUGAAUUGCAUGGGACAAAUUUUUCUUCAACCAGCCGCCAACGUCCAUCUGUGCUCCGCGUCACAGCAUGAAAGGUUCAUACAGACUUCUCAAGUUGAACACAGGGGCCAUCCAUCAUAUUACUUUGUGUAAAUUGGCUCCUCAACAUUAGGGCCUGACUGCUGACCUUUGAUGUGUGAACCUGCAAUGAACGGCACUCCUAAUGCCACCAUCACUCCACAGCUGGGACUUGUCCUGAGCCCAGGCGCCGGAGAUGAGGCAUCCCAGGAGAGCGGUGGCAGUGGAGGCAGUGGAGGCCUUUGGGUGACAUCCCUGCUUGGUAUUACGCUGAUGAUCAUGUGCGCCUUGGGAGUGGCAGGCAACACGUACACACUCAUCAUCACCCGCUCUGCCGCUUUGCGCCGCACAGGCUCCAUGUACGUUUACAUCAUCAAUUUGGCUCUUGCAGACCUGCUCUAUCUGUCCACCAUCCCCUUCGUGGUCUGCACCUACUUCGCCCACGACUGGCUGUUUGGUGACGCAGGCUGUCGCAUUCUUUUGAGUCUCGACCUCCUCACAAUGCAUGCCAGUGUCUUCAUUCUGGUUGCGAUGAGCUUGGAACGCUACCGUGCCGUUGCGAGGCCCUUCAGUGCGCACAGGUCCUCGUCUCGUAAUCGAAAGCUAGCAGCCGGGAUCAUCUGGGGGUUGGCUUUCGUGCUGACACUUCCCAUGAUGGUGAUGAUCCGACUCAGGGAGGGCAAACCGACUGCAACUGGUUUGGUUAAGAGGAUCUGCUUCCCCACGUGGACCCCUGAGGCCUUCAAGGCGUAUCUCACCGUCCUGUUUCUAACAAGCGUUUUAGUUCCCGGAUUGGUAAUUGUUGGGCUGUAUGUGGGGCUCGCCAGCCGCUACUGGGCGGUGCAGGCUAGUUUAGGUGGUAGCAGCCGCUCUGUCCGAAGGAGAGGACUCAAACAAAAAGUCGUAUCAAUGAUCUUCAGCAUUGUGGUGGCCUACUGGGCUUGCUUCUUGCCUUUCUGGGGAUGGCAGCUCGCCAAACUGUUCUCUCCAGAGUCCCUCCGAGCUUUGUCUCCAGCUGCUCAUAAUUACGUGAAUUUCUUUGUCACGUGUCUGACUUACGGGAAUAGCUGCAUCAAUCCAUUUCUUUACACUCUUCUGACCCGGAACUAUAAAGAUUACUUGGCUCAGAAAGGUCAGUCUGUAAGUUCAAGCAGGGCUGAACCGGGGUCAGCUGUGACUACACCACUGCAGGAGCUUUAGUGGAUGAAUCAAUAAUCAGUGAGCAUUAACAGUUGAGUGAGAAAAGUUUUAUUGACCCUUAUCGGCCUGCGAGAGGAUGUUUUUGUUCUGUACAAAACUGGAAAAUGGGAUAUUUGUCAGACAUUUCCGAUCUGAUGUAGCACUUUUUACAAACUUUGUAAAUACUGCAAAUAUAAUGCAGUGAGAUUCUACACACGUCCUGCUCCGCUGAAACGUUUAACCAGAGCUUUCAAGGCUUUGGAGAUUUCCAGCACAGCAGGUGGAUGUUUGUGAACAAGAAAGUCUGAUUGCAAGUCUCCUGUUUGGAGAGCAAACGUUACACAUUACACAGUGUUUGAUAUGUGCUUUUUGUCACGUAAUCUAACGCUUAUCUCCACGUGUGUAUCAUAGUAUUUAACUCUUUGAACCCUGAGCACAUUUG